AUGGGGCUUUGCCGUUUACUUUCCGUCGCUUUCCUGGCAUUUCAACUUGUAUGUGUCAAUUCACUCAGGGCCAACUGUCCCUACCAAGGUCCUGCAUUCCCCAAGCCGACCUCUCUGAAAUCUUCGGAUACGAUCCGAACGGCCCUGGCCAAUAUAACACAAACGUUCAUCUCUCGGGACUCGGAAGCAAGCACUAACCCCAACGGCACUUCAUGGUCCAUCCAAAUCUUUGCCGCGUCGGAUGACGAGCCCAUCUGGGAGCACUACCACACGGCGCCGACGCUGAGGGAUGCCAAUACCGGCGGUGUCAAGGAGGUGGAUGGUGAUACCAUCUACCGAGUCGGUAGCUUGACCAAGAUUUUCACUAUUGCGACGUAUUUGAAGGAAGUGGGGGAUGAAACAUGGAAUUCGCCAGUGACGAAAUAUGUGCCGGAGCUCGAGGCGCUGGCGGCGCAGGCGGAGAGUGAUCCGAUCAUGAAGGUGGAUUGGGGUGAUAUUACCUUGGGCGCUCUGGCGGCUCACAUGGCUGGAAUCGUGAGAGAUUAUGCCAUUGUAGGAGAGCUGACCCAAGAAAACAACCAAUCGAGUCUCAUUGCACAAGGGUUCCCUCCCGCUCCAGUCAAUGACACCCCCACUUGUGGCGAGUGGCCUCAGUGCUCCCGAGAAGAGUUCUUUGCCGGUCUAUCCAACAUCCCACCCUCUUUCGCCCCCUCUCAGACGGCCGGGUACUCCAACGCAGGUUACCAGAUCCUUGCUUACGCGCUGGAGUCCAUUACGGGCAAGAAAUUCCCCGAUAUGUUGCAAGCCAAUAUUAUCGACAAGCUUGGACUGAACCACACGUAUUAUCAGAAGCCAUCCGAUGAUCUCGGUGUACUCCCACCGAAUAGUGAUGUUGGGUGGUCUUAUAGCCUCGGGGAGGCCAGCCCAACAGGAAACCUGUACUCCUCCGUCAAUGACCUCUCCCGCCUCGGCCGCGCCAUCUUCAGAAACACCCUGAUGUCUGCUGCCCAAACUCGUCGGUGGCUCAAACCCGCGGCCCUGACCUCGGACCUAUAUGCUGGGGUCGGCUAUCCCUGGGGCGUGCGCCGGAUCCCGCUCGGCUCGGGCCUCAACAACGGCAACCGCAUCGUUGACGCCUACGGCAAGGCCGGGAGUAUAAACGUCUACUCGUCUCUGCUCGUGCUUGUUCCCGAUUACGACGUGGGCAUCACGGCGCUUUUGGCGGGCGCGUGGCCAGGAAACGCGAAUUGGGCCAUAGCGGAUGCUAUUGGGGCUGUGCUCAUCCCCGCCCUGGAAGAGACGGCGAGACUGCAGGCGGAGGGGAAUUUUGGGGGCACUUAUACGAGUGGUGGGGGUGAUAAUACUGAGAAUAGUACGCUGACUCUUAGUACGACGCCUGAUAGGCCGGGGUUGGGGGUCGAAAGAUGGAUUAGCAAUGGAACGGACAUGUGGCCCGUCGCCAUCCGGUAUACCCUGGGCUAUAACGUCACGAAUGCGGGACUGAGACUGUACCCGACGGGAAUCGAAACAACUAGUGCUGCUGCGGAUGGCAUGAGAAAACUGGCAUUCAAGCUCGUGGUUGAGGAUCUCGGUGCCGUGUACCAUGAUGGGGUCAUGUUCUCGACGAACUGUGGAGGGUGGGUCAGUCAGACGACGGCAGUAUACGCAGAUAUGCCGCUAGAUCAGUUUGUUUUCACCGUAAACGCGAGUGGCAUUGCGGUUAGCGUUGAGACGUUGGCGCUCAGGGCGAAUUUGACAAAGAGCUGA